CUUUUCUUUUUCCUUUCUCCAGUUUUUCUUGUUGUUCGCAAGCCAGAUUUCUUUGUUCUUUGUUAGUCUACUCACUAACACCAUCCCCGCCUGUUAGCCCGCCUUGGCAGGUUUAAUCCCAGGAAUCGGGGGCAUCACGUCGGGCCAUGGAGAGAAAGCCAGUCACCACGCAGCAAUGGGCACAAGUCCUGUCUGCCUUUGUUGUUUUUCUGAAUACCUGGGGGAUACUCCUUUCAUUUGGCACCUUCCAGGCUCACUGGGAACACAUAGGCCUGUCCGGAAAGUCCAGAUCCGAGAUCUCAUGGGUAUCAACCAUAUGCGCCUUCAUCCUCCUUCUCGGCGGUUUGAUCACCGGUCCGCUCUACGACCAUGGCUAUCUCAGACCGUUGGUCGUUCUGGGUGGGCUGCUCGAGGUCUUCGGCCUCAUGAUGAUCAGUCUCUCGACCGAGUACUACCAGGUGUUCCUGUCCCAGGGCAUCUGCAUCGGUCUCGGCGGCGCCCUGCUCUUCGUUCCCAGCGUUUCCGCCGCAGCAGGCUGUCUGGAAGAGUUUCGACGCGCCAAAUUCAUGGGUCUCAUAGCUUCCGGGGCUGGCGUUGGUGGCGUCAUCUAUCCCAUUAUGCUGCGUCAGAUACAGCUUAGAAUCGGCUUCCCAUGGGCCAUCCGGUGCGUUGCAUUCGUGAUUCUCGCCACUUAUAUUCUCGCCGGGGGCAUCCUGCGCUAUAAGCCCGUCCCCAGCGCCAACGUGCGCCGAGUCAUCGAUCCGUCAGCCCUAACCGACCCGCCGUUCCUGCUUUCGACUAUUUCUUUCUUCUUCGCCGGUAUCGCGUACUACCUCCCUCUCAUCUAUCUGCCUGUCUUCGCGCAGUCCGGCACAGCGGGAUUUAGCAACCCUGAACUCGCCUUUUACCUUGUCCCCAUUCUCAACGCGGCCUCGAUCUUCGGCCGCUUCGCCGCAGGAUUCGCUGCGAUGAAAGCUGGAGCCAUGGAGACAUUUACCUUUGGACUAGCCAGCUGCAUUUGCAUGCUGCUCUGCUGGAUGGCCGUAUCCUCAGGAGCCGGGGUCAUCGUGUGGUCGGCCUUCUGGGGUCUCACGACAAGCGUCAUCGUCUCUCUUCCAGGCGCUAUUGUUCCCCUCCUGUGUCCGUCCCUGGAUGUCUUGGGCACUCGGUCCGGUAUGUUCUGGGGGUGCGCGGCGUUCGGGAUUCUGGUCGGGCCCCCGAUUGGAGGUGCCCUGGUAAAGGGUGCGCGGUGGUGGCCGUUGCAGGUUUUCGCGGCCGCUUGUAUGUUUGUGGGUGUGGUUUUGCUGGUCUAUCCGAUCGGGCCCAUGGAGAGAGAGGCAGAGGCUCGGAAAAUUCCUUCAGCGGAUCCUGUCACUCGUCCAGUUGAUUCGUCGCCCUGA